UUGGUCACACUGGUGUUUAGCUUUUGUUUUUGUUGACUGAAAUAAAUAAAGAAAUUGCAAUAUAAUGGAUCCAAUAGUACUUGUUUUAUCUUAUGGAGCAGUUCCUGCACUGGAAAUAGUGGAAAAUAUUUUAUCCGAAGUGAAUCAAUCGAAGGAGUCAACAUCAACGGAGUGCUCACUUAAUUGCUAUAAGUGCAUCAUUAAAACCAAGUAUUAUAACACUUCCAUUAACUUAAUUCCAUUUUCCGGAAAACUGGAAGCUGUGCCGGAGAAAAUUCUUCAAGCAACUGAGGCGUUGAUCAUUUACUUUGAUUCAAAAGAUACCUCCUUUAUCGACACUAUUCCCAAGACGUUAGCAAAGAAUGAACAGAUUCAGCUGGGCUUUCUGCUAACCUCUUCCACUUCAGAAGAAGGUGGAUUGUCCUUUGGAGAAAUCAAGGAGAAAACGAAUUUCUUUUUUGACAUCAUAACAUUGAGAAGCAAUGUUGAGAGUGACCCAGAUGAAGAUGAAAAAGACUACGAGGAAGUUGUGGAGGGUUUGAAAAACGUAGUUUGGUCCAAUGUCAAGUUUGGUUCGGAUCUCAAGGAAGAAAUCAGUGCCGACGAGCUGGAUAGUCAGCUGAAGGACUUUGAAAACUUACUCCUCACGGCGCAAAAUCUACGUAACGAUACGAGCCUCACUCGGGAGCAAUUUCUGGAUCGAGCUGAGCAGUUUGCCGGCAUAGUUUCCUCGAUUUUAAAUGACAAUGAUAGCGACUAACUGCUACCCAGUUAUCGCAUCGUAAGCAAACUCAACGUACUGUUUGUUAUCAUUAAUAAAUGUUAAGCUGAUUACAUUGUAAAGUGUAA